AUGAGUGACAAGACACCUCAGCAUCUGGCCAUGAACAUCACGAAGGAGCCUACCGAGACCCCCAGUUCUCCUGAAGAUACGACGAGCACUCCCCCUAGUUCUGGGAAUCCUGUUGUUGCGCCUAGCUCGAUUCCCAACCAAGGUCUCCGUGCUUGGAUGCAGGUUGUUGGAUCGUUCUGUUUGUACUUCAAUACAUGGGGUCUCAUAUCCAGCUAUGGAACCUUCCAAGCAAUCUACGAAACUGGUCCAUUGAAAGGCCAUAGCCAUUUCCAGAUAUCCGUGAUUGGCUCAUUACAGUCGUUCCUAAUGGUUUUUCUUGGAUUGGUAACAGGACCAAUAUAUGAUGCGGGUUAUUUCCAUUAUCUACUUGGUAUUGGCUCUGUCUUCAUUGUCGUUGGAACAGUGAUACAAAGCUUCUGCACUCAGCUAUGGCAUUAUAUGCUAGCUCAAGGAGUUCUCAUUGGGCUAGGCGCUGGGUGCCUUAUUCUUCUCAGUGUAGCAACGACCUCUAUGUGGUUCACAACCAAACUUCCUCUUGCUAAUGGGAUUGCUGCAUCUGGGAGUGGUCUUGGGGGGGUCUUGUUACCUAUUAUGGUGCGGCAGUUGCACGCACAGGUGGGCUUGGCGUGGGCAAUAAGAUCGGUAGCACUCGUUUGUCUAGUUCUUCUUGCUGUUGCAAAUGCGUGUCUUCGUCCCCGAGGGCCUGGGGCAGUCCGCAAAACACCUCGAUCCUUGAUUGACGCUACCGCCUUCAAAGAUUGGCCGUAUAUAUUCUUUGUACUUGGCUGUGUCGUGACAUUUCUCGGCAUGUACACGCCUUUCGUAUACAUCCAGAGCUACUCCCUCGAGGGCGGUGUUAUUUCUUCCCACCUAUCCCUCUAUAUGCUCGCCAUUCUUAACUCCAGUUCGAUAUUCGGGCGCAUUUUGCCAAUCUUUCUUGCCCAGAACCUUGGGCCAGUGAACAUGAUUGUCCUGACUGGCACAGCUCUUGGCAUCACAAGUCUUUGUCUUGUUACUGCUUCCACCACCUCGCGGGUCCUGGCCGCCAUCGUCGUCUAUGGUUUCUUCACUGGCACCUUUUUCGCAUUACAGCCUACCAUCGUUGUAAGACUGACUUCUGACGCUGGCAAAAUCGGUACACGGUUCGGUAUGGCCUUUUCUGUUUUUGCUAUAGCAUUGUUGUUUGGGCCCCCCAUCGCAGGAGCUCUCAGAGAUAAAUUCAGUUAUAACAUCGCCUGGAUCUGGGCUGGGGCAGCCCUCCUGGUGGGAGCAGCGACUAUCGCAGCGGGACGUGUAGCAAAGGUUGGCUGGCAACUUCAACAACGAUGCUGA